GGUGGUGGUGGUUUUGUGUGUGAUAUCGUCGUCGUAGUUUGAGUGGAAAAUGGCGGUUCCUCCGACGGUCCCCGCCGCUCCGGCGUCUCUGUACGUCGGCGACCUACACCAUGACGUCACAGACGGUCAGCUUUUCGAUCACUUCUCCGAAUUCAAGAGCCUCGCCUCUGUUCGCGUCUGUCGCGACUCUUCCACCGGACGAUCCCUCUGUUACGGUUACGUCAACUUCAUCUCUCCUCAAGACGCAAUACGUGCUAUUGAGAUGAAGAAUCACUCUCUGCUGAAUGGAAAAGUGAUAAGGGUUAUGUGGUCGCUUCGUGAUCCUGAUGCAAGGAAGAGUGGAAUUGGAAACGUAUUUGUCAAGAAUUUGGGUGAGUCGAUUGAUAAUGGGAAGCUGCAAGAAAUGUUUGAAAAAAUUGGCACUAUUUUGUCUUGCAAAGUAGUCAUGUCUGACGAUGGGAAGAGCAAAGGAUAUGGCUUUGUCCAGUUCGAUUCUGAGGAAUCUGCAAAUGCUGCUAUUGAAAAGUAUAAUGGAUUCAGUAUUGGAGGGAAGCAAAUGUAUGUAGGAAAGUUUGUGAAAAAGAGUGAUCGGAUUUUACCCAGUCCCGAUGCUAAAUAUACAAAUCUCUACUUCAAGAAUUUGGAUCCAGAUGUCACAGAAGAAAUUUUUAAGGAGAAGUUCUCUGUGUUUGGGAAAAUUGUUAGCUUAGUUAUCACAAAGGAUGACAAUGGGGCCUCAAGAGGCUUUGGAUUUGUGAAUUUCGAUAACCCAGAUGAUGCUAGGCGGGCAUUGGAAGCUAUGAACGGGUCACAACUUGUAGGCUCCAAGGUUCUCUAUGUAGCUAGAGCACAGAAGAAAGCAGAACGUGAGCAGAUUUUGCGCCGUCAUUUUGAGGAGAAACGGAAGGAGCAAAUCUUGAAAUACCAGGGUUCAAACGUCUAUGUCAAGAAUAUUGAUGAUGAUGUCACUGAAGACGAGCUGCGAGAGCACUUCAGACAGUGUGGCACAAUCACCUCUGCAAAACUUAUGCGAGAUGACAAAGGAAUUAGUAGGGGGUUUGGGUUUGUCUGCUUCUCUAAACCUGAGGAAGCCAACAAAGCUGUGAAUACUUUUCAUGCAUACAUGUUUCACAGAAAGCCAUUAUAUGUGGCUAUUGCUCAAAGGAAAGAGGAGAGGCAUGCCCAAUUACAGAUUCAGUAUGCGCAGCACAUAGCAGGACUAGCAGGACCUUCAACUGUUAUCCCCGGCGGAUAUCCUCCUUUUUAUUACACAGGUCCUCCUAGUGUUGUUUCACAAGUACCUCCACAACCUGGGCUUAUGUAUCAGCCUCUAGGAUUGAGGCCAUUUUGGAGAGCUAAUGGCUUUGCACCUCCAACCAGACCUGGUUUUCAGCCGUCACCACUCCCAGUGAUUUCUAACUCUCCAAGACAGCAUAGGCAAAACAGGGGAAGGAUGAACGGGCAUAUGCCUCCACAAGGUGGUGUUCAUAGUGUUUCUUAUGUUCCACAUGUGCAACUGCCCUCCCAGUCAAUGAACUCAUCAUCAAAAGAUUCAAGCAAUCAACAGCGGACUGGGCAAGCAAGGUAUGUGCCAAAUGGACGUGUGCGCGAGAUGAACAAAGGAUCCGCAGUCUCAUCUGCUGUUUCCAAUUCUAUUGGAUCUGGGUCUGAGGGGUCAGAGAUGUUGAGCAGCAGGCUUGCUGCCGCUUCCCCUGAGCAGCAAAAACAGAUUCUUGGAGAGCGACUCUACCCUCUUGUUCAGAAACAUAAGUCUGAUCUUGCUGCAAAAAUAACCGGGAUGCUUUUGGAGAUGGACAACUCAGAAUUGCUUCUGUUAUUGGAGUCACCCGAGUCACUGGCUACUAAAGUGGAGGAAGCUGUGCAGGUACUCAAGCUCUCAAAGACAAAAGUUUCCGGCCAAGACUCACGUCAUCCUACUAGCUACCUAUCCGCUGAGGUUGCAGUUAACUGAAAAAAGGCAAUUGUGUGAGACUAAUUUUUUUUUUUGCCCCUGAAGAUUAUGUUACGCGAGCAAAAUUUUUGACAGUUACAUUCAGUGAAUGAUCUUCUUCUUUGGU